CAAAGAACCAGCCAAGUGAAAGGUUCCAGUUAAAUUUCUAUCGUGCGCGCGUGAAGAAAUACAAUUGUAAAGCGGAUAUGCAGAAUUCGUUUUAAAAUUUGUGUUUGUGUUUAUCUCUUCUACAACAAAAACAGAAGCAACAACAACGCUAACGCCAACAACUUCUUUAACUGAUGUUUUAAAUUUCCCACACUCACGCCCCUACAAAAAUACACACACACACAUACACACGUAUAAAGUAUGUAAUUCAGUGAAAGAAGGGUUUUUUGUUCAUCCUUUCGUGUGGUUCUUGUUCAAAUGUUAACUCCAAACAACUGGCCAGAGUUUCAAUGUUAAAGAGAAAGUAAAUGAAAACGAGAAUACCAGCAAAGUGUUGUGGAAUUGACGCGGAGUAAAAUUAAAGUUGUUAAACGGGAAAAUUUAUUUUGAAAAAAAAAAUCAUGAAAAAAUAAAUAAUACUUUGUGGAAUAUUGAAAAAGAAGAAAAUCAAAUAAAAUUAAAUGUAAAUAAAAUAUUUUCUAAGUAAAAAUUAGGGGAAACCAAUAUGCUUUUGUAUAAGAAAUAUUAAUUAUUUGACCACUGAAAAUAUAUCCAGAAAAGAAAUAAACUACAAAUAUUUGAGUUCAAUUCUGUGGCAAAACGCAAGAAAAGAUAAGUGAACAACAGCGACCGCGGCAAAAUUGGGUGACCAUUGAGGAAAAAAUCAAUUGUGUGCGUCUGAGGCGCAAAUUAAAAUUUUUAAUAAUAACAAAAGCCAAAUGUCAUGAUUAAUUAGUGUUAUCUAUAUAACUGACAAACCGAAAAGCAAAACAAUAAAGCAAGAAAAAAAACCAAUAGCAUUUUUAAUGGAAGUCGUUUUUAAUGGAAUGAUAAAAAAUUGAAAAAAAAAAAAAAAAAAACACACAGAAUAAGAAAACAUAGCCCACCUUUACAAAUUUAUUGUAAUUGAAAUUUAUGUUAAAAAAAAUACCAACAACAAUAGUGAAUAAGUAAAUCAUAUCUCCGAGUAAAUACAUGCACAAGUGUUUUGUGUGUCUGACCUUUAAGUCCGAGCACAAGUUUGAUGAUUUAUGAAAGAAAACCAAGCACAACAGCAACAACAACAACAUCAACAAAAAAUGAAUAAUUUGUAGAAAAAUGUCUUUAUACAAGUGAAUGUCUAAGCAUUUUGUCCACAACAGAAAAAAGUAAAUAUAUAAAUAAAUGAAGAAAGGAAGAAAACAGAGAGAGAGCGUGUGUGGUCGUAAUUUAUUUCUAGUUUAUUUGCAACCAGAAAGAAAUAUGAAAUUGUGUCAACUCAUAUGAAAAAAUCAUUUAUAAUAUUUAUCUCACCUUGCAAUUUGCACAAAACAAAAAAAGAGUGUUUGAAAAGUUCAUUUGUCACAAUUAAGCGAAAAAACCAAAACAAAACUAAAGCAUACUCGUCAACAAAUCCCACAAAUCGUAUCUCGAGUGUUUUAUAAAUACAGAAAUAAGCAAACCUGGUUCCUCUUUGGCUCACGUGAAUGCCGAUAACAUCCGCUAACUUACCGCCCCAACCCUCCAACUAAAUGAAAACAAAUAAUUACACAUUGAAAACAUCUGUUUUGAUAUUAAAACAAUAAUAACUGGACUAUUUUUUAACAACCAUCUUCCGUGUACUCUCUCAACUCAACACAACUCAAUCUUAUCAAAUACAAAUGCACACAAAAACGUAUCCGUGGACGUCAUCGUCUUCGUCAGCAAAAUAAAAUAGUUACUAAGAUUUUGUAGCGUCACCAACAGCAUCGUAGUACAUUAUUGUUGUUUUGGCAGUUUUUUAUAAAUAGGCCAUUGUUUGUGGUGUAUUUUUGGAAUAUGUAGUUUUCGGUGUUAACAAAUUAGAUAAACCAAUAAUUGUUUAGAAAUUAAGAUUAGCCGAGGGCAGUGCAGCUACAUUUCGAAGAUGAGCUCGUAGUAGUAUAGCCAAUAAAACGGAAUUUGGACAAUCACUCUAGUGUUUCCAUCAAACGGUUUCAAGCAACAAAAGGAACAAGAUUUUCAUUCAAUACCAAAGGAUAACAAAUAAAAAAACAAAAAGAAAUAAAAAACACCUGAAAAUACUCUCUUCAAUACGUUAAAUGAAAAAAGAAUCUUUUUUUUUCAAAAAAGACAACAAACAAGUAGAACGACAUACAACGCUAAGAAAACAACUCCCUCUUACAAAAGAAAUUACACUGCUUGCUCGUUGGUUGACUGGCCGGCUAGUUGGCCUAAUAAAGGAGAGAAUACAUGAACAUAAAGCUGACACAAUAACAGGCUGCCAACACAUACAAACAACAACACAACCCCUAAAAAAAGUACAACGACCACGACCGAAGAAGAACGACACUGAUAAAUGGAAGAGCAUUCUUGGUAUGAAAGGACAUGUCAUGUUAGAUGCUGCUGCCAUCGGAACAACUGAAUGGACCAACGACAUAAACGAACGUACGAAUGAAUGAAUAAAAGCGAACGAACGAACGAGCAAGCGAGCGACCGCCCAACCGACCGACUGAACAAGUGAAUGACUGACAUGUCACAUGAGAACAUGAGCAUGAAUAGUGAAACUAAAGAGUAGAAUUAUGAUAAAUGACAAUUAAACCCACAAAAAGGAAAACUAGUAGUUGGAGAGAGGCCACGAAGAGUGCUGGAAGAAGCAGAAAACGUCAAUCAGCAAAGACUCAAGAACAUGUUGACGUGUAAAAAAUAAUAUGUUACACUGACACAAUACCAAGAGCUGAGCAAAGAAAGUGUGAGGCACCGCAGCACCACGGGGAACAGUUGUUAACUGGCUUAGAAUUUAAGACAAGAAAAUAAAUGGAUUUACACACGGCUUUUGGUAAAGAAAUUGUAAUUAUUUAUCAAAAGGAUAUACACAAGAAACGGAGAAGUUUGCUGCAAAGAGAGCUUUUGCCAGACCAAAGACAAUUCGAUAAGAGAAUGGCAGACGUUUGAGAAGAAUUAUGUAAAAAGAAAAACAAUCGCUCAUUUUAAGCAAUAUAAUACCAAAGAUAAAUCACAACAAAAGGAAUCACAGAAUUGAGAGAGAAAAAUAGAAAAUCAUAGAAAAGAGUAGAGUAAUUCAUAAAAAAGAGUAUACAUCUCUUUGAUAAACCAAGAAACACAAGAAACAAAAAUAUCAUAUGGAUUCAUUAGACUCAAAAACCGCUGACUAUUUUAAUAUCAAUUUCAGAAUUCCUAUAAAUGCUCCUAGUUGGUUCUAUGCCAACACCAACAAAAACAGCAACAGCAAUGCUCUCUAUAGUAACAACAAAAACAACAGUAACACCCACCACUAUACUAGAGUUUCUACAUGUAAUAUUCAAUCAUCCUCCUCCACAAAUCGAAAUCCAACUUCGUCAUCCACAUCCACGUCACCAACGCCAUCAUCCUCAUCACUGGUCAAUGAUAAUUUUAAAUUUCAACGCUAUCAUCGCCGGAAAUCCUGCCCUUGGAAACGGAUAUCACAAAAGUUGAAACAUUUUAUGCUAUCACUGUUGAGAACAUUAUUCUAUGUUCUCUUCUUGCUAAGCCUAAGUGAUUGCUGGUUUCAAGUAGGUUCGGCCUCUUUGAUAUUGUCGGAGGAGUCGCAUGGUCAAAGCAGUUUUGGCAAUCGUACAUCAACGGUAUUACAGCUACCCAUACAGGCUUUGAUAUUUGAGGUGGCAGCUGUUGCACCCGACGCCAAUGGCAACGCAGCAGACACAGAGGGAGCAACAAACAAUAGUAGUAGUCCGCACACAACGGCCAACAUACAAACUAAUGAUGGCACUUCGUCCUCCGCUUCGACUUCAGAACACUCCAAUCAUCAUCGUAGAAACCCACACAGUAUUAGCAACAUGUUUACCACAGCCAGCCCGGUCAGCAGCGUCACCUCUACUUUGCCACCAUGGGCAACAGGAAAUGAGACACUAUGGCUGUCAUCACCCACCCUAUCGUCCUUUUCGUCAUCAUCCUCCUCCGCUGCCGUCGACUCAUCGGACUCAUUAUCAGUCGCCUCAACAUCCCUACCUGCAUCAUCGCUGCCCACAACCCUUGUUGAAUUUACAACACCUGCUUUCCACACGGUACUGGUCAGCAUAAUUCUGCUGUUCGUUAUCCUCGGCACAAUAGUCGGCAAUGUCCUGGUAUGCAUUGCCGUGUGCAUGGUGCGUAAACUACGACGUCCUUGUAAUUAUUUAUUAGUCUCCUUGGCUCUCUCUGAUCUCUGUGUGGCCGUUCUCGUGAUGCCCAUGGCCUUGCUCUAUGAGAUUUUGGAAAAGUGGAGUUUUGGCCCGGUUUUGUGCGAUAUCUGGGUAUCAUUCGAUGUCCUUUGCUGCACGGCAUCCAUCCUCAAUUUGUGUGCCAUUUCGGUGGAUCGCUAUUUGGCCAUCACCAAGCCCCUGGAGUAUGGGGUUAAACGGACACCGCGGCGCAUGAUGUUGUGUGUGGCGCUGGUAUGGCUGGCAGCCGCCUGCAUUUCAUUGCCACCGCUGCUCAUACUGGGCAAUGAACACGAGGAUGAACACGGUAAUCCCAUGUGUUCGGUGUGUCAAAAUUUUGCAUAUCAAAUUUAUGCAACGCUGGGUUCCUUUUACAUACCACUGGCCGUAAUGCUCUUUGUUUACUAUCAGAUAUUCCGGGCAGCCAGGCGCAUUGUGUUGGAGGAGAAGCGAGCACAGACACACUUGCAGCAUGCCCUCAAUGGCACGGGGUCGCCGCCAGGUCACACUGACCUAGAGGCCCACGGCCACCAACAACAACAUCGUCACAGUAGCUAUGGUAAUACAUCGUUAAAUUAUUCCACGUGCGGUGGUCUUUCUGCCAGCCAUCAUAGUGGCCAUGGUGGUCAUGGCGGCGGCGGUGGUAGCGGUUCUAGUGGCCUCUUGGGUUCACCACAUCAAAAGAAACUGCGUUUCCAGCUAGCCAAAGAGAAGAAGGCCUCCACCACCCUGGGCAUAAUAAUGUCCGCAUUUACCAUUUGUUGGCUGCCAUUCUUCAUUUUAGCUCUCAUCCGGCCAUUUGUGGAAUCGGAAACCACCCAUGUGCCACAAUCACUGUCUUCGUUGUUCCUAUGGCUGGGCUAUGCCAAUUCAUUGCUCAAUCCCAUUAUUUAUGCCACCCUAAAUCGAGACUUCCGUAAACCUUUCCAGGAGAUACUCUACUUUAGAUGUUCCAGUCUGAAUACAAUGAUGCGUGAGAAUUACUAUCAGGAUCAGUAUGGAGAGCCACCGUCACAGCGUGUCAUGUUGGGCGAUGAGAGGCAUGGGGCGCGAGAGAGUUUUCUCUGAAAUUAGGUGUAUUGAGAGUCCCUAAAAAAGAACCUCAACACAAAGAAAGACACACAGUGAAAAUCACCAAAAAAUGAUGGGAAGAGAGGCAUCAAAAAACCAAGACGAUAUUUUUAAGAGAGCCAUUGCCUAAGUGAGUGGAGAGAAUGUGGAGAAGCAAGGAACACAAUCAAAUCACAGCAAAUUGGAGUCUUUUAGUUUUUUUCUCUUGACAAAUUUUCUCUUUUUCUUUCUCUUCAUCUUCUUCCACUUCUGUGACUAAACGAGUGAUGAUUUUUAUACAAACCACAUAUUAGUUAAACAAAGAAGAAAAAUAAAUAAAUGUAUCAUUGAAAUGGAAA